CGCGUCACAGGGAGUGAGAAACGUCUUUGACGUCUUGUGAGAUUUCGCCGCGUCUUGUCGCUCCUUUGCGUCGUUUUGUCUCGCCGUUCGGCUAUGCGCAUGUUCGUACUCUUGUCCUGUAGAUCCUGCCACUUUCCCCCGCGCAGCCAAUACGGAUACCGGCUCUACGAAUCUCACCAGCAGCAGUCGCAGCAUCCACCUAUGUCGAUAUAGACGUUGUAUCCUCUCCUCUCUCUCUCUCCUUGAAUCGCAAUGCCGGUGCAGCACACCAUCUUUGGGCGGCCUCUCAAGCUGCAGAUGCCGCCGCGGAGGUUCCAAGCGCUCCUCGUUGUGUUACUGAUCAUCGUGCUCACCAUCGUGCUCAACGGGGCCCCCUCGACCGCCGACCUUCCUACCUACGAGUCCGUGGCCGAGGCCGUCAAGAACCCACACAUCCCCACAGUCCACCUCCCAGAUGUAGACAGUCUUCCUGCUGUUCCGAAUCCGUUUGGCCCCUCGGCACACAAGCCGCCGAAGCCUGCUGCGCAACCCAACAGCACCGUCGCCAGCUCGUAUGGCAAGCUCGAAUGGCUCACCGACUUCAAGUGGCGCAAUCCCUUCUCGUCCAGUGUCACUCUCGAUGAGAACACCGCCCUGCUUCCUCCGCUGAAGGAACGGCCGCCCAUCUACACCUACUACAACGCGCGCAAGAAGCAGACCAAGGAGGUAGCCGAGGCAGAAAACCGGCUGGUGCUCGCAUGGCGCCGAGCAUGGUGGGCGCAGGGCUUCAGGCCAGUAGUGCUCUCGCGGAAAGAGGCAGAGCAGCACCCGCAAUAUCAGCUGUUUCAGCGCAUGAAGCUCGACUCGAGGGUCGAGGUCGAGGUCAUGCGCUGGCUGGCAUGGGGCAACAUGAGGGGCGGCAUACUCGCGAACUCGCUUGCGCUCCCAAUGGCAGAGUAUGAGAACCCCAUGCUGGCCUUCCUGCGUCGACAGGAGUACCCUCAAUUGUCGCGGGUCGAAGGUCUCAACGGUGGAAUAUUCUAUGGCGACUCGGCCGCUGUCGAGGGAGCCAUCAAGAAGCUGGUCAACAGCCCGCUGCUGAAGAACAUUACGGCAAACCAGGAUAAACUCGCAGCAACUGCGACAAAAGACGGCGGUGCAGUGGUCAACAUUCUGACCCCGGCAGACAUCGUCAAGGACACCAAGGCAAAUGGCAUCGCCUACUACAGCACCGACGUCAUCAGCAAGUCGUACAAGACAGUCGCCGACAAGCUCACAAACGCCACGCAAGCUGAGGGCAUGAACUUGUUGAGCAGUCUGAUCAACUCGCACAUUCACCUCACUUUCCAGGAACAGCACCCGGAGGGUCUGGCCAUCGCCCAACCUCUGCCCGAGCAUACCACGUCCCUGAUCGAACUCUCCAUCGAAAUCGCCCGCAACCUUACGCAAUGCCCGUCGUCGCCCAUGCCAAAGUCAUGUCCACCGAACCGCCCAAAGUGCGUGCCUUGCAGCACUAAGAAUGCGCCAAAGCUACAGCUCUUUCCCGAACUCGUGAACAGCACCCAGUUCUUCACAAUUGGCACAGUCCCGCACCCAUACACGAUCAACUCGCUCCACUACACCCGCGACAAACUCGAUGUCUCCUUCCUCCGCAACAAUGCCAAGCGCGAUCUCUGGCUCAAGACCCUCACACAAAAGUCCAUAGCCACCGAGCAUUCUGAGUCUUUCCGCCUCCUGCAGUUCAAGGAACUCGUUGCUGCUAGCCCGGCGCAUACACUGUGGCUCACCGCUGAGCGAACAAGCAAGGAUGACUUGGACUGGAUCUUUGGCUUCGAGCUGCCUACCACCGCUUCGAACACGAAGGAGCCAACGAGUCCAAGCGAGAAGAGUGAGCUUAUUAUCUUCCCGCGCCCGGCAUUUCCAGAGCCGGUCAAAGGCAUUGAGGUGCCUGAUAGCAUAUGGACGGAGAGGGAGAAGAACAGAUUGGACAAGGCGCGCGACGCUAUCAAGUCAAAAGAUAGAUUUAUGCGCGGCAUUGUUGAUGCUGUUGAGCAAUGGAAUCUGGCGGAUACUGAGGCCUGGAAAUUUUCGAGGGCAUACUCAGCGAGGAGGAGAGUGGAGAGGAAGAAGUGGGAGCAGGAAGAGAAGAGUUACGUGGGAAGUGAGAGGAAAGCGAGCGGGAAGGGACGAUGGACUGAUAGGUUCAUGUUGUAGAAUACUCGUCCAUUUAAUUGCAUCUCGAGCUGGCGUUAGGGUAUGUACUAUAUUUCCGUAGAUGUCACUACAAACCACGUAGUAGUCGAAGAGCUCGAAUCUACCAGUGCGU